AUGUGGGUCGGCAACUUGCUGUGUCUGGCCGCUCUGGCUGUAGCCCUCUCCUUACCUACCUUAUCUGAUGGAGCAGCACUACUAGUGUUGUCAGCUCCUAACCUGCUGCGUGUGGGCAGUAAUGAGAACAUCUUUGUGGAGUCUCAGGACCAUCAGAAGCAGUAUGUGGUCCUGCAGGCCCAGUUUCCUGACUGCCUCCUGGAGAAGGUUGUCCUGCUCUCCUUCCAGUCUGGAUACAUCUUCAUCCAGACUGACAAGACCAUUUACACUCCGGCCAGCAACGUCUACUACAGAGUGUUCUCUAUGACUCCAGGCCUGGAGCCUCUGACCAGGGAGAACAAGAACAAAGACAUCACAAUCUCUGUGGAGAUCAUGACUCCUGAGAACAUCACCAUCUUCAGGGAGAUCAUCACCCCAGACAAGGGAGUCACAUCUGGACGGUUCAUUCUCCCUGCAAUUGUCAGGUUCGGGACAUGGCAUGUAGUCACAAGGUUCCAGAGCACUCCUCAAAAGACCUUCUCAUCUGACUUUGAGGUCAAGGAGUAUGUUCUGCCCAGCUUCGAGGUUAGUCUGACCCCAGCUAAAGCCUUCUUCUAUGUUGAUGACAAAGACCUGACUGUUGACAUCACUGCCAGGUAUAUAUACGGUAAGGAAGUGACAGGGACAGGCUAUGUGGUGUUUGGUGUCAUCACAACAGAUAACGAGAAAAAUAGUUUCCCUGCCUCUCUGCAGAGAGUAGAGAUCAAAGACGGUAAAGGAGUGGCUUGUCUGAAAAAGGAACACAUCACACAGACUUUCCACAACAUCCAUGAUCUGGUCAAACAGCCCAUCUUCGUAUCAGUCAGCGUGUUAACAGAGGGUGGGGGUGAAAUGGUAGAGGCAGAGAAGAGAGGGAUCCAGAUUGUCACUUCGCCAUACACCAUCCUCUUCAAGAGAACACCCAAAUACUUCAAACCUGGCAUGCCCUUUGACGUCUCUGUUUACAUUACAAAUCCCGACAACUCUCCAGCCAUUGGAGUGGAGGUUGAGGUGACUCCAGAUAAUGCUAAAGGGGUGACCAGGGCCAAUGGUUUUGCCAAAGUUACAAUUAACACUGUGGCAUCUGCCAGAGAGCUGGCAAUCACUGUGAAGACCAAGGACCCGGCGAUCCUCCACAACAGACAGGCGGAGGCCACCAUGAAGGCUCUCCCCUACAGAACUUCCACCAGCAACUUUCUCCAUGUCGGGGUUGACUCUAAUGAGCUGAAGAUAGGAGAACCCAUUAAGAUCGAACUGAACCUGGGAUCCACCCCCAUACAAAUCCAUGACAUUACAUACAUGUUCCUGAGUAGAGGUCAGCUGGUGAAAGUGGGCCGAUUUAAAAGACAGGGCAACGCGCUGGUAACACUGUCAGUGCCUGUCUCCAAGGAGCUGCUUCCGUCGUUCCGCAUCGUAGCGUACUACCAUGUGGGAGCAGCUGACCUGGUGGCAGACUCUGUCUGGGUUGACAUCAAGGUAUCCUGCAUGGGAUCACUGAAAGUGACAUCCACCAGGCCCAAGGCAUCCUAUGAGCCUCGUAGGGCUUUCAGUUUGACCAUCACUGGAGACCCGGGAGCGAAAGUAGGACUGGUGGCUGUAGAGAAGGGAGUCAACGUUCUCAACAGCAAACAUCGUCUCACACUGACCAAGAUCUGGGACACCAUAGAGAAGAAGCAUGAUACAGGCUGUACAGCUGGAGGGGGAGCAGACAAUAUGGGGGUGUUCUACGAUGCUGGUCUGGUAUUUGAGACCAACACUGCUAACGGGACUGGGAUCAGAACAGACCCCAGCUGUCCUGUUAGUUCUAGGCGGAGACGAGCAGUGACCAUCAGUGACGUCAUCACUAGUAUGGCCAGUAAGUACAAUGGUCUGGCCAAGGAGUGUUGUGUGGACGGGAUGAGGGACAACACCAUGGGAUAUACCUGUGACAGACGGACCCAGUACAUCUCAGAUGGGGACGUCUGCGUCCAAGCCUUCCUUGUCUGCUGCACUGAGAUGGCCUCCAAGAAGAUAGAAUCCAAACACGAUGCACUGCUGCUCUCACACAGUGAGGAGGAUUAUGAUGAUGCGUACAUGGAGUCUGAAGACAUUGUGUCUCGUAGUCAGUUCCCUGAAAGCUGGAUGUGGGAGGACACCAAUCUUCCUGAAUGCCCUGCCGAAAACAAGCACUGUGAGUCCACAUCGGUAAUAAGGAACAUCUACCUAAAGGAUUCCAUCACCUUCUGGGAAAUAAGAGCCAUCAGCCUGUCUAAAAUUCAUGGUAUCUGUGUGGCAGAUCCGUUUGAGAUGAUAGUUCUAAAGGAGUUUUUCAUCGACCUCAAGCUGCCCUACUCAGCCGUCCGCAAUGAACAGCUGGAGGUCAAAGCAAUCCUCCACAACAACAGCGAAGACCCCAUCACUGUGUGUGUGGAGCUAAUGGAGAAUGACGAGGUGUGCAGCUCGGCAAGCAAGAAGGGUAAGUACAGGCAGGAAGUGAACAUGGACGCCAUGUCCACCCGGGUUGUCCCCUAUGUCAUCAUCCCUAUGAAACUGGGCAUGUACUCCAUUGAGGUCAAGGCAUCUGUGAAAAACUAUGGCAGCAAUGACGGGGUGAAAAGGGAUCUGCGCGUUGUGGCUGAGGGAGUACUGGUCAAGAAGGAAACCAACGUACUCCUGAACCCGGCUAAACAUGGUGGUGAGCAGACGUCACACAUACCCAGUGAAGUUCCCCGGAACCAGGUGCCAAACUCUGAUGCUUACACACUGAUCAGUCUGACAGGUGGAGAGCAGACCAGUGUGCUGGUGGAGCAGGCCAUCAGUGGAGACUCUCUGGGCAGUCUGAUAGUUCAGCCAGUCGGAUCUGAGGAACAGAACAUGAACUACAUGACCCUGCCUGUCAUUGCUGCACACUACCUAGACAACACAAAAAAGUGGGAGGAUAUUGGCUUUGACAGACGGAACACAGCCAUCAAGUACAUCAACAUUGGUUACCAACGUGAGCUGGCCUACCGUAAAGAAGAUGGCUCCUAUGCUGCCUGGGUCAGCAGACAGAGCAGCACCUGGCUGACAGCAUACGUGGUGAAGGUGUUUGCCAUGUCCAUGUUCAGGAAAACGUGCUCUGUACUGCUGUCAAGUGGCUGA